AAUUCACAAACUUCUGGAAUUGGGAUCGAGUUUUUCUCAGAAUGUGGGCAGAGAUUUCUACCAGAGAUUCAGGAAAAAUAUCAUAAUUUUAUACCUGCACUAACAUCGGCAGACCUGGAAUCGGUAUGCCAUUGGUAUAUUCAGUAUUGGGAUGACAGCUAUACUUUCUUCCCCAUUUUCCAAAACUGUGUGAAGAUGAAAGGCGUACACUAUGGCGCAUACCGCUGAAUCCAAGUCACAUGCCAUGUUGCCUAUGACAACCCGCACAUGACUGUAAUUUUCUAAAUUAGCCUGCAAAAUUGCAUCAAAAGCAUUUUACCAAAGAAAAACUACUCCAAGUGAAUCCAAAACUACCCCUAUUGGUAGCGGAUAGCUGAAAAUGUUGUGAGAUAGCAACAAGAAAAUGCGUUUUAAUAAACAAGAGUUGAUGACAUUGGCCACUCAGCCGUCACAAAAAUUUGAAAAAGAGGGAAUCUUAUACGUACGUGAACGACAAGAAGGUUUCUUUCGUAGAACAGAGAAAAAACAACUACAAGGUGCAUGGUUAAUCACUACCUGUACCCCCGUACGAUUUCCAGGUACAGGUAAAAAACUUGAGAGCAAAAGACAAAAAGGGAAAACACAUAAGACUCUCCGAGACCUCAGUUGUGUUACAGCCAGCACUAGUAAAGCAAGUCUAGAGCGAUGGUGCAGACUUCGAGGCAAUCUAUUGUUCUAUUUUAAGUCGAGAGAACAAUGGUCUGAACCUCUCGGAGUUAUCAUAUUGGAACAAUGCAAUGUCCGGGUGGACCAACCAACGAAUCAACUCCCUUAUGGGUUUAGUAUAGUUUUUGACGGUGGAUUAUUCCAACAGUUGGGCGCAAAUUCUCCAGAAGACAGAGAUAGUUGGCUUCAAGCACUUCAAUUAGCAAGCUAUGAGUGCAUGCGCAGCCAAUUACUCGCACUUCGACAACGGAUAGAAGCUUGCAGCGGUCACAAACAUGAUACCGAUAUACAAAUGAUGCGUCUACAGCAGGGGAUCACAACAGAUCCUGCAGAAGUACCUAUAUGUGAGAUUUCACUUGCGUGUGACAAUCUCUUAUGCGAUGGACAUGGAAGACCCCCAAAUCCUGUAUUGGAAAUUGAUAUUCAAUCGAAUCGAUCAAAUACUUGGAUCAAGUACGCCAGGAGCGAGGUGGUUGAGAGGAGUAGCAAUCCAGGAUUUCUAACUACUGUCAGCUUUCGAGCAAGUGACGGAUUGACUUCUGAAACAAAAGUUAAAAUUACUGCAUACGAUGUAAGAGAGAGAGUCAGUCAGACCGCGACACCAAUUGGAUGUGCGGUUGUGACAUUCAAUGCUGUACAAGAUACACCGCGACUCAGGAUACCCCUCAAAUCCGCCAAAGCUACAACAGUAGGUUUUUUAACAAUCAAUGUGUGGAAUUUAGAAGCUGAAGAUAAAGGUAAUAGUACCGAAAGCACUCCAUGCAGAAAUGUACCAGCCAGUAAUCAGAUAUUUUCUCAUAGAAGAUCGCAAUCCUUACCUCCGAGAUUAGGAACAAAAAUGAAGCUUCCGCAUCAAGGGCAACUUAAAUUGUUGUUUGCUAAUUCUCAUGUCCAAACAUACAGGUUCCAUUCCGGUCUAGGAGGUGACAUAUGCGUACAUGAAAUCAUGGCAGAAAGCAAAUUGUGCUUCCAAUUUCCACAACAGUUACUUGGAAUUUGGAUACAAGAGGAGAAGGAACUCCUCCAGGAGGUUGCUGGAAUGGGCGAACUCCGUGAACCUUGGCACACGAAACAGGUCGAAUUACUAGACCGUCAUCUCCAUCUUCUGCAUUUAUAUUCACAGGCUAAAGAAAAUUUAACCGCAUUUAAAGGAAUUCAUUUCAAACAAUCGACGAGGAAGAAUGACAGAAGUUUGGAGUUUGCGCCUCUGAAUCUUCACUUGCAAAGGAUGUGGGUACAUAACGACACUCUAAAUAAAUGCGGAUUUUAUGAUUUUAUCAGUGUAGGAGCCUUCACUGCACACGCCCAUAAGAGUAAGAAUGGCGGGCUUAUCAGGUUGGUCCAGGAUCUCAAAGAAUCUCCGACACGGUGCAAUCAGCUCUAUCAAGGGCCUUCUAAAAUAACUACAGCUCACGAUGCGAUCCAAGCGAUAAAACAGCUGCGUCGUGACGUGGUGGAAGCGAUGCGUUCGCUGAUGAAACUUGCCAAGGAAAAGCAGACCAGCGGAAUGUUGCCAAUUUGUGAAGAUAUGAUAUCAAAAACUAGGAUACUACUGAGCUUAUGGGACCCUGGCUUAGUGGAGGAGGCAUUAACGUUUUUGGAGGAGCAUAAAGUUGCGGCGACUGUCCAGCAGCCGAUCAAUAACGACGAUACGUUGACCCUGGAUUUCAGAGCGCAUCAAUCUCUGUCUCCGUUCAAACGAAUCACGCAACAGCUCAAUUUCGACCUGAAAAGUCCCGACUUUGAUGAUUUCGUUACACCGGAUACUCCGGAAUGCGUUCAAGACAUGUGGACCAAGGAAAGCGCGAAAAUGAAGUACGAUAAUACGACCGUCAACAACGAGGUCGAUGAAAACGGGGAUGCUGUACCAGCGGAGAAUUUCGUCAUUUUCCCAGAUGUCGAAGAUGAACCGAAAGAUGUAGAGGCUACGGAAGGUGUUAACAGCCCCGAUAACAACAACGAAGAGGAUGAAAAAGAUUUCGUUAAAGGAGACGUUGAUAUCAGUAAACGGUUUUUGGAUACCCAAAAAAUGUGUAACUCGCCAUCUGCUAAUUAUUAUAAACCUACCGACGAACCUGAACCUUGGGAUCUAACGCAACUCAACAUUGAAGCCAGUGUGAUGUGCCUAGUUUCCAAAGUGAAAUUUCUUUGCGGCAGAUGCAGUAGCCCUGCCGUUAGACUACGUAAUAAAAAUGGCUUAGCAAGAUCUCAAAGUCUCAAGGGUUACGUACCCAACAACCGCAAUUCUACCGUUGUUACGAUCCAACCAAAAAAUGGCACAAAAAGUGAGGAAUCGAGCAAAUUGUUGGAUAAUUCUUUACCCAAACAGCAAACGAGUCCAACGGCAGAGAAAUCAGCACCCGCUCUUGCGAAGGCUAAAGAAGUGUGCCAAGCAGUAGACUCCAUGACGAAAGUAAUUAAAAGCAAUUCAGGCCAAAGAAAUAAGUUUACGGAGGGUCUGGACUUCGCCUCUAUAGUCGAUUGGACGAGCGAACUUAGGCCGAGUAUGAAAAAACUCCGACAAGCAAUGGACGGGCUCCUAAAGACCGCCAGGUUAACGCACUCCGUGUUCCGAGUCCAGGAAGAUGCCAAGGCUGCUCAACGAGCUUGUAACGUUCGGUAUAGAAGAGACGUUUGCUUCAGCCAGGCGCUGACGGCAUUAGUCGCUGGUUUGAUGGCGAAACUAUGGUGUCAGAGACCGGAUCCAAUGUUUCUUCUGAUUCUGACAACUCUGGGUCCAAUUAUAUCGUUCGAAGCCCUUUUGAGCUACUACGGAGACGAAAUCGAUAUGUGGGGUGACAUGACCGUCGCAGUAGAAGACUUGCAUACCGUUACCUUCACUUUAUCAAGAUGCGGAGUUCACGCCAGAAUAGAGGCAAAAUCCGUAUGCGCGGCACAGUUGCCGGUGCCCCGAGUGGUCGGUUCUCGUACGGCGUUAACGGUUAUGCUUCCUGUGCCGGAUGCCAUUUAUUCCUUACUACCCCUAGUGCCAUCCUCGAGGCAAACGAUCUCAUUUAAUGUGACGCCGGUAUUUUUCAACGUUGGAAUCAACGAGAUGGCUACACUAGCCGAAAGUCUCGGCACAACGAAACCUCAGGAGAAAAGCAACGUGGACAAUUUUGAUCGAUUGAACGAGUACUACCUGAGAUUUAAGAAACUCAAUUUACCAACGGAACCCUCCUCGACUAGACUCGGCAGUAGAUCACCUUUGAAUCAAACCUUGUCGGACAUGGUUGGGCACUUGAAAUCAUGCGUGCAAUCGAAGGUUAAUAAAAACGUUGACGUUCUCCAGUUGUCUUCCCAAAUAUGCCGACGAAUGAGAGGGCUAAGAUUCACUAGCUGUAAGAGUGCCAAGGAUCGGACCGGUAUGUCUAUAACUCUUGAACAAGUCAACAUUCUCGCAACCGAAUAUCACCUGGCUGAACACGAAUUCAACAGGGCCCUUGAUUGUAUGCGAAGCGAGGGCUGCCGCAGAGAAAACACAUGGAAGAACAUAGGUGUUAGAAAGUACGCUUUUAAUAGUCUCCAAAUAUUAACACUACCUAAAUUGUAUCGACCUCCAACAGGUACGUAUGGUUCGGCACAAACUUAAAAAUAUUUCGAUUUGGUUAACGUAACCUAAACUGAAAAAAUCAUCAAGUCUGCAACUGUACAAAAUAUUGAUUAGUAUACGUUAUAUUGCAUGUUACCGAAAAUGUCGCCUCGUGAUGUUCAGUCUAUCUUGACUGUUCAUCUUUUUUCUCUGUAGUUACCGUUGGGUGAAAUUAUUGAUUACAUUCAAGAUGAACUUCUUGAUUGGUAGAAAACAAAAAAAAAAAAAUUAAAAAAGCAUAAUGGAAUCUAAUAAAUUAACAAUUAGUUUACAUGUUAGGGAUUAUCUCCAAUAACUGUUGAAGCAUGCGCAGUGCUCUACGUAGAAUAAUUUCCUAAUCUCUGCUGUAAAAUGUAAAUAUUCCAUAGGUACAUGUAUAUUAUUGAAAUAAGGUGCACAAAUUGAAAUCACGUAGAAUUGUUGAUAAUUCUACCGAUUCAGAUACCGUAAUAGGUCGUAGAAAAGUCUUUAAAAUUUUAGAUGAAUUAUAUGUAUACUUCGAGAGAAGAAAAAAUAUCUCUUAUAUCGUAGAUAAUAAUUUCGUACUUAACGAUUAUUGGGAAUUGAGAAAUUUAACGGAGUGAGCUGGAGAACGAAAAAAAAUACAAAAGUAAGAAACGAAACAUGGUAUGCCAAGCAUUACUUUAUAGACUAAAAACAAAUGGAAAAAAAUGUUGAAGCAAGCCGGAAAAAGUCAUCACGUAACAAAUCAAGUCACUUUUGAAUUAGAUAUAAAAUGGAUGAAAGAAAAAAAAGUUUAAUCUUCGAUCGUUGCUGUAAUUCAUGUCACAUCUGUUAUUUAACUAUAGUGAGCGUAAUAAUUGAGAUUAUAGAAAUUACGAUGAUAAUCUUUGUUCAAUCAAACUAAAGAAAUCCCGAUGUUAGAUAUUUAGAAAUAUAUAAUAUUUAACAAAAUAAUUCUCUUAGAAGAAUGCCCAGAGACUUAGGGGGGAAAAAGGAACUAGAUUUUUGAAAAUAUACUUCUAUGUUAUUCCAUUCAUUAUUUAUUUCUACGUAAACCGCGUUAAGUUGGAUUGGAUCACUGACAUUUUUUUUUUUUUAACUUUAUUGCUAUGCCAUUAUAUUUAAACCUAAUCAUUUACGUUCGUAUUACUAAGUAAGUGAACCUGUUGCAAUCAUGUUUGGUUUUAUUUUACUUUUUCUACGUAAGAAAAUUACUUUUCUCUGAUAAAAGUAAACGUCUGAUGCCAUAUUCGAACAUAAAUGAAACUAAAAAAAAAAAAAAAUCAAAUCAAUCGAUCGAGCCGGGAGAUUAUUAUGGAACGAUGAUAAAUUAAAAUUAUAUUUUAUUCAUACACAAAUAUACACUGAAUUGUAGAAAACAAAACAAACGAAAAACACAACAAAAGUAUGAAUAAUAUUGUUUAAAAAUAAAUCAUUAAUAUAGUUACAAAGA